AUUCUCAUUUUUUCUUUUCUUUUCUUUUUUUUUUUUCAAUCCCACAGAAUAUCCUUGAAUUAUCUACUUGUCAACCUGGCUGUAGCAGACAUCUUGUACGCGGUGUUCAUAGCACCAAAAGUUCUUGUCAAAUUGACUGUCUCUCACCCUGACGGGCUGACAGGGAUAUUCCUGUGCAAAUUGGUGACAGGUGGAAAUCUUGCGUGGGUUGGAAGCGCUUCCUCGAUUGUUACCCUGGUUGCCAUCUCGGUUGAGCGAUAUUAUACGGUCAUGUAUCUAUUUAACAACAAAGGAAAACUCACCAGGCGUAGACUUAAGGUCUGUUAACAGUGUAGUUAGCCUGUUAACCUGAGUGGAACUUGAUUUCUGUCCCUUGAUCAGUUCUCUUAUUUUUGUCCGUUACUUCUCAGAGAGGUUAUAUAGCAGGUAUGAAAAGAAAACCAACAGAAAAAUGACAGAGGAAAAAAAAACAAAAAUAGAAAAAAUUAUUCCUUAUGUGUAUUAUGGCAAGUUUAUAUUCUCUUGAUUGUGGUACCUAAUUUUCGGGAAAAAUAUCAUGAAAAUAAUAACAAUAAUAAUACCUUUAUUUAUGUAGCACUCGUAUCCUCUGCUCAAGGCGCUUACAAUCAUACAAAAUCAUGCAUUAUUAAUUAAAAAUUUACAAAUUUACAAACAUAUCCUGCUAUAUGAUACAUAGCUAAAAUUCAUACUGAUUAAAAAAGAAAAACAAAACUAAAGCCAGCCAUAUCUUAUUGUAUUAUACUUAAACAUAGCUAAAAUUCACAAUGAUUAAAAAAGAAAAUUGAAACUAACGCAAUAUAUAUAAAACUAUAAAAAUAAUGUCCUGCUUAGCUUGCUCCUCUUGAAAAGUGCCAUCCAAAUAACAUAAAAAUCGUAAAAUCACUUUUUGUUUCCAGGUGUUUCAUCCACCUCCAUCUCUUUGACUUUCCGGCUCUGUUUUCCGGGCUCGCGCUCAGAUAUGAUCAGUACGCGGCUUCUUUCGCUUAAUCUCUCGACAUCUCGCGCAUAUGUUGUGAUAGCGAUAAAAAUGAAAUGGCUAAACUUCAUGAUUUUUCUUUAGGUGAUCAUUGCUAUUUCGUGGAUAUUCUCGUCAAUCUUCAAUUUGCCGGUGUUCUUGGUCAGGUCCUUUGAUGAUAAAAGCCAACAGUGCUUUCUAAGCUAUCCGGAGGAGUGGAUUAUUAAGGCUCGGGAAACGGCUUGGCUCGUCUUGACAGUUGUUCCCUUAUUGAUAAUGAUUGGCCUAUACUACAGAGUCGUGCACCUUUUGUGGUUCAAAAAUUGUGGUGGGGACAGUCAGUUCAGCAGCAAACAAAAGGUACGGCCAGGUUUACUAAAUGUUCUAAAAGGAACUGUGGUGCAGCGUCGGUGGGAAGGGGUGGGGGUGGGGGGUAGGGGGUGGGGUAUUGCAAGAUAAUCCGGUUUUACCGGCUGAGUUGACAAAGCGAAUUGGCCACCCUAAAGCUGACGUUUCGAGCGUUAGCCCUUCAUCGGAUUCGCACUGACGAAAGGCUAACGCUCAUGCGUCAGCUUUAGAAUCUUUUUACGGAGGUCAAUUCACCUUAUAAACCCAGUUGAUAAAACCGAAUCAUUUCUACCGAUACUUACCCUGGUUUCAUCGGCAUGAAGCGACAAGAAGUGAUCACUUCUCCUAAGAUUAACCCCUAAGGCUUGUCCUCCACAAAUACACCCCUCUCCGCAGUCUCCAUGACAGUUUUCUGGCACAUGUCUCUUUCAUAAUUCGAGGUGGGAAGAAACACUCCGGGUGCCAUCUCACCCGAAUGUCUUGUUUAGGUACACAACAGAACGACCCCGCCAUGACUUAAACCCGAAACCUCUCGAUCAGUUUUUCUAGUACACCACAUCUCACCCAGUUACUAUAUAAUUUCACGAGAUAAGAUAUCGAUAUUUACUUUCUAAUGUUAAUGUGAUAUUUAUUGAUCUAAAGGGUGUGCUGAGAGUACGAAAACGAGUGACUCUAACUGUGAUAACCGUCAGUGUCAUCUUUGGAAUCUGCUGGGGGACGAGUUCAUUUAUCUAUUUUAUGAUUAACGUGAUAUCCUGCGACUUUGGAGAAAUCGUUGGAACAGUUGCAGACAUUUUGAUUCUUUUCAAUUCCACUGUCAAUCCGUUUGUGUAUGCGUUGUUAAAUCACCAAUUCAGAGAAAAAAUGAGAGGGACAACAUGCUGCUCUCGUUCCUCGCCAUUCAGAAUCCAUCAUAUAAGGAACCCACCGAGCAAAGAGUUAGCGGAUGAUAGUGUCGCUCACUUGUCGCAGACCGGAAGAAUAAGAAAAAGCAUUCCAGUAAAUGCUGUUUAUUUUGGAACUUAG